GAGACCGGCUUGAAGGGAAGUCGGCGGUUGCUAAGGACGCUGAAAGGGGCGGGGCUUCUUUAGGAAGAGAGCAGCUCUCCGUUCCCUGCGCGCGCAACAGGGGGCCUGGAGCAUGGAGGACGAUUUAGAUUUGGACGAAGAAGUCUGCAAGGGGGUAGCAAAAAUGGGUCGACGAGCUCACCCGGAUUUCAUCCAUGAUGACAAUCGUCGUAGCAGGAUCAAUUCUCCUCCUGUAGAGCGUCCAACAUCUAAACCUGAUGUCCGGGAAGGAGUUUGGUCUGGCCUGGUUGGUGUAAGUGCUUCCAAGUCAAAAAAGAAGCCUGCUGAACAAGAUGUUGAAGACCACCGUCUGAGGCAGCAGAGUUCAGAGGCAGCAGAUGAUGGAGGAGAUAUUCCAGUCAUUCCUGACUUAGAAGAUGUUCAGGAGGAAGACUUUGCUAUGCAAGUGGCGGCCCCACCCAGUGUUCAGGUGAACAGAGUGCUGACCUAUCGUGAUCUGGACAAUGACCUCAUGAAAUAUGCUGCUUUCCAAACCUUGGAUGGAGAGAUUGACUUAAAACUUCUCAGUAAGGUUCUAGCUCCAGAGCAGGAAGUGCGAGAGGAUGAUGUCAGCUGGGACUGGAAUCAUCUGUACACAGAAGUUGCUUCAGAACUCCUGAGUGAGUGGGAUUCAGGGCAGUCUGAAAAGGAAGACGGCCUCGUUCUGAACAAGAGCACUUGAACUUUGACUGGCUAAAGUUCUCAACACUUCCACAUCUGUAGAAUAUCAAAACUAUAUUUUAAUAUUAUUUAUAUAUAUAUUGUAUUUGAGGGUUUAUUUUUAAUACACAUUAAAAAAGAAAAUUUGAAAAUAUGAUUACAAAGUAAAGAAAUUGAAAAGAGAAAAAAGGGGAAAGAUAAAUAUAUAGGAUAUUACCAAGGGCUAGUUAUUUUCACUGAUAAGAGUAAUUUUUUUCCUUGCAGUUGCUUAUAAAACAUACAUUAAUUUGUAAGAUAUUUUGGCCAUUUCAUGAUAGAUGGUAAAAGUUUAUCUUUCUGCCCUGGAGUAACAAUAAGGGCAUGUGUGUUCCAACAAGGUUGCUCCUGAGUUAAAUUCCAUGUUAUAGAAACGUAAUUUAAAAUAACAUGUUCAUCUAUAAAUAGCAGAGAGAUUUCUAAUACAAAAUUGAUACACUUUAACACAUCCAACCUAAAGGGAGUAAUCAUUGGAGAUCAUAUGAUUCAAAUAAUCAUUAUGUGCGUUUCGUUGCCAGCACUUACUUGAAACAGUUUCUUUCUGAAAAGAUUAUUGGUGUGAAAUAGAGCUAGUUUUUCCUGGCUAUGUUGCACACUGAUCGAUUUAUGUGUGCAUUUAAAUAUUGAAGCCAAAGUCAUUUUCUAUUUGUUAAUUUGCAAAGCACAAUCUAAUAUUUUGGUUCCAUAUAGAAAAAUGAAAAGGUGGCUUUUUCUGAAGAUUUGUUUAGCAGUGCUUGACUAUAAACCUUUACAUUUAUUUUUAA